AUGGACUCUUCUGGUUGGGCUCUGGAGAUGCUGGGGAUGCUGGUCUACGUCGGUGCCUGGCUCUGUGCUCUGGCCACCACCAUCCUGCCCCAGUGGCUCACCAUGUCCACGGCGCUGCUGCCCGUGGAGAGCUACGAGCUGGGCCUGUGGGAGACCUGCGUGGUCCAGGACAUCGGCGGCAUGGAGUGCCGGGCCUACGACAGCCUGCUGGGCCUCUCCGGAGACCUCAAGCUGGCCCGCCUCCUCAUGUGCGCCUCCCUGGUAGUGGGAGCAGUGGGGAUGCUGGUGGCGGUGCCGGGGCUCCACCUGGUCCACAGCUGUGGAGACGGCGGCGGCUCCAGGACCAAGAGGACUCUGAUAGUGACGGGAGGCCUGCUGGGGAUCAUCUCCGGGGUGCUGUGUCUGAUCCCCGUGUCCUACAUGGCCCACCUGGCCGUGGUGCACUUCUUCGACGACAAGGUGCCCGACGUGGUUCCGCGGUGGGAGUUCGGUGAUGCCCUGUUCUGCGGCUGGGCCGGAGGGUUCCUCCUCAUGGUGGCCGGGCUCCUCCUGGUCUCCUCCUGCUGGUGCUCCACCGUGGAGCCUUCUCCGGCCCUGCAGCGCAGAUACCAGGUGAUGAACACGGACGUGACCUUCAGGAAACGCUCAGAGUACGUUUAA